AUGAGGUUCUUCUUGCUUUUGGUUAUUUCGGCUGUCAUCCAAUCAGCACCUGAGGCAAAGAAAGGGCCUGGCUUCUGUCAGACGGAGGACUUGAUUGAGACCCCUGGGAUCUGCAGUUCCUGUGCCAUUCGCUACACAUGUCCACGCAGGCAAUUCACUAUCAGGACUGAGAACUGCACGUACCAGGUUACUGUUGGUGGCCGUCAGUUGGAGUUAUCUGGUUGCAGAACAGUUUGUGGGCGCCGCUAUUUUAGGUCCAAAUGCUGUCCUCAAUUCUGGGGAAUUCCCUGCAUUGCGUGUCCAAGUUGGUCUGGAAAAACGUGCAACUACAGAGGCUCGUGCUCUGACGGACAAAUGGGAAAUGGGACCUGUAUCUGUGACGAUAAAUUCUCUGGUUUUGCUUGUAACGAGUGCAAAAACCCAAAUGCCUAUGGAGUGGACUGUGAUAAAGAAUGUGACUGUGAACAUGGCAUCUGCAACAAAGGUCCAGAGGGAGAUGGACAGUGCUUCUGCCAGCCUCCAUACACAGGCAAACGCUGCGACCAAUUGAGCUCCGGGUGCCGCUCUUGCCCUCCAUUCUCCUACUGCAGAGGAGAUGGGGACUCAGCUCUUUGUGACUGUCUGCCCGGACACAGGAGAACCAAUGAGGGAAAAUGUUUAAUUGUGUGCACCGCCCGGGACUGUGAUCGGAACGCAGAGUGCUUGUCUCAGGGGUCAAAGAUCACAUGUACCUGUAAAACAGACUAUGAGGGAAACGGCAGAGUCUGUGUCCCCAAAAACCCCUGCAACCAGAACAAUGGAGGGUGCCCCUUGAACUCCACUGUAUGUGUCUUCAGCAGAGCCAACAAGUCCACAUGUCAGUGCAUGGCAGGGAUGAGGCCAGUAGGGGGCAGUGCCCGGUUCGGCUGUGAACUGGUGUCGGCCUGUUUAAAGGACUCCUGUCACCCCUCUGCUUCCUGUCGCACCGGAUUGGAUGGACAUGCCAGAUGUGAGUGCAGUGCGGAGCAGAUUGGUGAUGGGUGGAGGUGUUAUGGAAACCUGAUGGAGCAGCUUCUUGAACUGGAUCGAACUGGAGACCAUCAAGGGAAUCUGACUGCCACCAUUACUCUGUUUGAGAACGGCUGCUCACUGCUACUGAAUCAUAAUGGACCCUUUACAGCCUUUUUCCCUCUGCUCCGGACUCCACUCACGGGCGUGAACGAAGAGCAGGUGUGUAAGAACCACCUGAUCCUGGGAGAACACCGUUACAAAGACCUGGAGGGGAUGGACUUCAACCUGUAUGGAGGAGGACGUCUGCGUAGCAAAGGCAAUAAGAAGUUGAUCUUGAUGGACAACCCCAGUGUUGUUUACACAGUGCUCAGUGAAAACCAUCCAGCUGCAAAUGGAGUUAUUCACGUCAUCGACCGUGUCAUGAUUGGCUCAUUGGACAGACCCACUCGCAAUGAAAAGUAUGCUGACUUGACGAUCAGAGAGAUUCUGAGAAAAGACGAUCAGUUUAACCGUUUCCUGUCUCUGGUGGAUAAUUGUGGUGCUUCUCUACCCCUCGGAGGACCUGGACCUUUAACAGUAUUUGUCCCGACCAAUCAGGCAAUAGAUGCAGCUCGAGAUGGCAGCAUCCUCUACAUGCUCAACAGUGCCAAACACAAGAUGCAGGAACUGCUCAGACACCACAUGAUUUCACAAGCCGCGUUGACAUCAGAUGAACUGGCUGUUCUACCUCAAAUUCGCACUAUGGCCAAUCAGUUCAUCCGUGUCUCUGUGACUGACAAUGGCCAGUUGGUGCUUGGGGAUAAGAGCAUCCACCUUGUCAGCACAAACUUCAUGGCCUCUAAUGGGAUCAUCCAUAUGAUUGACAGGCUGUUGGUCCCACCCACCAUUGUUCCCAUAAUGCCUCAUCGGUGUGAUAUUGUCGAGAACAAGGUCACUGUGGGCCCCUGUGUUCGCUGCAGUUACCUGUUUGAGACAAGCUGUCCUGUGGGAAGUAUGGAGAUGGAGAGCCACAUGACAGGAUGCGAGUACCUGAUCUCUGACUCUCAGCCAGUUCUGAGCAAAGGCUGCGCCAAAUACUGCAACACCACAAAAACAGUGGAAGAGUGUUGUAAAGGGUUUUACGGUCCAGACUGUAAACCCUGCAUCGGAGGCUUCGAACAUCCUUGCUUCGACAAGGGGAAAUGCUCCGAUGGCAUAAAUGGCGAUGGGUCAUGCUCUUGUCGGCCUGGCUUUGUGGGCGUGGCGUGUCACAUCUGUUCAGACCCCAGCAAACAUGGAGAGAACUGUGAUGAAGAAUGUCAGUGCCUUCAUGGUGUGUGUGAUAACCGCCCAGGCAGUAGGGGGCUCUGUCGUGUUGGUUCCUGUUUGGAAGGAUUCUCUGGAGAUUUCUGUGACAAAAAAGAGAUGCCGUGUAACUCAGACGGAUUAAUGGAGCACUGCCACAUCCACGCAUACUGCGUCUACAGCGGCAUCAGCACUGUUUGCGUCUGUCAAGAUGGAUAUGAAGGAAAUGGGCACUCAUGUUUUCCUAUCAACCCCUGCCUCAAGAACUGGCGUGGAGGCUGUGAUGCUAACGCUGGGUGUGUGUACAAUGGUCCUGGCAAUGCUUCCUGCAUCUGUGCUGAGGGAUGGAGCGGUGAUGGGCAAGUCUGUGUGGAGAUCAACCUCUGUCAGAGCGAAUCCAGAGGAGGCUGUAGCCCCAACGCCACCUGUGUUCACAUCGGACCUGCCCAGGCUGAGUGUGUGUGUAAAAAAGGUUACAUGGGAAAUGGAAAAGUGUGUGACCUCAUUAACCCCUGCAGUGAGAACAACGGAGGAUGUCAUGAACUGGCGACAUGUAAACAACUUGAGGGUGGGACCCACACCUGUACUUGUCCGGAUGGUUACCACGGCAACGGCAGAACUUGCUAUGGCACAGUCCUGGAGGAGUUGGAGAUGAUGCGGUGGAGGCUGAGUAAUCUCUACAUGUUUGUAAGGAUUAUAGGUCGUAUUCCAGAAGAUCUUUAUGGGAACAUCACGGUGCUGGCACCCUCUACAGAUGCCAUGAUGAACUACAGCAAAGAACAAUACAGCUUCUGGACCAACCGACACCAUGCCCUUUACUUCAUACGCUCUCAUAUUUUACCUGGAGUGUACUCUGUGGAAGACCUGGAUAAACUGGUGGGAACUAAAGUGUCCACUCUGAAUCCUCCGACCAAAUGGGAAGUCAGAAAAACCAGCACUGGAAUAAUCCAGAUUGGAAAUGCCACCAUCACUGACCACAACCGCCCUGCCAUCAAUGGCUACAUUCACAUCGUUGACCAGAUCCUGGCCCCUGCUCUGACUGAGCUUCCUCCAGACCCUCCUGUGCUAAUGGACUUUCUCAAUACAACAACCAACUUCAGUCUGUUCAGAAACUAUGCACUGCUAUACAAUCUUUCUGGUGAGCUACAGUCCAGCUUCACUCUGCUACUGCCCACAGACCAGGCCAUCAGAGAAUAUAUUCAAAAGAACAACUCCACUGAACUGGACACUGAUACUUUCAAGUACCACGUGAUUCCCGAUUCUGUUCUGUAUCCAGACCAGCUCUAUGAUGGUUUGGUCAAAAGCACACUCCUGGGCAAAGAGUAUCAACUGCAGUUUCAUAUCAAUGACAAAAAUCAGACAGCUGUGAAUGACGUUUCUGUCGAUAAACGCUUCAUUGAGACGGAGUCUGGAAUUAUUCUGGUCCUCAGUCAGGUUCUCAGAGUGCAGAGGAACAGAUGUGGCAAACCCAUUGUGAUGCAAAUCAGUGGUCGAUGCACAGAUUGUGAUGGACCUCCUCGCUGUCCACUGAAACUCAAACCGGUCAUGAUAAAGUUUCCUUCCAACAUGAAGCCCAACUGUAAAUACCGCAAACGUGUCGGCUCUAGGUUCAAGUCUGUGCCAGGCUGUGUCAUCAGGUGUCUGCAGAUGACCACAGACCAGUCGUGUUGCCCCGGUUAUUAUGGCCAUGAUUGUUAUAAAUGUCCCGGUGACGUGGGCAGCCCUUGCUCAAACCACGGCCAGUGUCAGGACGGGCAUGAAGGGAACGGGGAGUGUCGCUGCUUUGAGGGCUUCCAUGGGACAUCCUGUGAAGACUGUGAACCUGGAAGAUAUGGAAACAACUGCUCCCAACAAUGCCGAUGUGACCAUGGGAAAUGUGCUGAUGGACUAACAGGAAGUGGACUCUGUGACUGCUACAAAGGCUGGAAAGGAUCCACCUGCUCCAUUGAAAUCCGAGAUGACGCCUGUGGAGGAAUCUGUGACCAAAACGCUAACUGUAUCACUGGGCCUCAGGGCAGUGCUCCAGCAUGUGUAUGUGUGGCUGGAUACGAAGGCAAUGGGAGGCACUGUGAAGAAUUGGAUUUGUGCAGAAUAUCCAAUGGAGGCUGUUCACCGUUUGCUGUUUGUACCAAAGUGUCAGCAGGGGAGCGCACCUGCAGCUGCAGCGCAGGCUACACGGGCGAUGGAGUGGUUUGUAUAGAGAUCAAUGGGUGUUUGGUAAAUAAUGGCGGAUGCAGCGCUUCGGCUGAGUGCAUCCAAACUGGUCCCAAUACUACGGCGUGUCAGUGUCACUCUGGUUUCAGAGGAUCAGGUCGUUACUGUUUUCCGGUGAAUCUCUGCAGAGAUGACAAUGGUGGUUGCAACAGAAAUGCCUACUGCACAUAUCUGGGCCAAGGCCAGAGAAACUGCACCUGUCGCAGCGGCUACAUUGGGGAUGGAUUUGACUGUCGAGGCGGAGUAGGCUUUGAAAUCACUCAGCAAACGGAGAAUUCUCUCCUCAGGCAAAUGUUUACGCUGUCUGGCACCAGGAAUAUCUAUGGGGAUGGACCCUACACUGUGUUUGUUCCCUUAGGGGAGACAAAUAAUCUCACUAUUGUGACUCAGUGGAUGAAGAACGGGCGUCUCAAAGACAUGGUACGAUAUCACAUAAUUUCCUGUGAAACACUGACCUUCAAUGACCUCAAAACUACAGACAGAGCCAUCGCCCAAUCAGGACAUACCCUCCGCUUCAGCUACAAACAGGGCUCAUUGUGGAUCAAUGAUGUGUCUCGCAUUGUACGUAGCGACUAUGUUGCUGCAAAUGGAGUGAUCCACCACAUAGAGACUCUACUCGCUCCCUACACUCUCCAGGACAAGGCUCCGAUCGAAGCCAGCAAUAUGAACAUCACAGAAGCUGCUGUCUUCUAUGGAUAUACAAAGUUCUACAAACUCAUAGAGGCCUCUGGUCUCCUGCCUGUCCUUGGCCUUCACAUACACAAACCUUUCACCAUGUUCUGGCCUUCAGACCGGGCUGUGACAUCACUUCCUGUGGAGCGGCAGCGCUGGCUCACCAGUCCUGAACACCAAGAGGAGCUAGCCGCUAUCAUCAAGGCACACAUUAUACGCAACUCCAAGGUGAUGGGGAUCGGUGCACCUGACAAGUACCUGUCAUCAUAUCGAAGCAUGCACGGAUCGGUCAUCAGUUACAGCUGCGACAAAAAUCUUGUGGGGAACAUUUUGCUGAAUGGAAAUGCGGCACAGCUGACUGAGCGGUACCUGAUGUUCGCUGAAGGUAUGGCCUACGGCAUCGACCAAGUCCUCGAACCUCCCGGACUGGGGGCUCACUGCGAUGGGAAUGAGAACCAAACUGUAUAUGGUCGUUGUGGACGCUGCUUAUUUCCUCCUUCCUGCUACUUCAGACACAUAGACACGGGGAGGGUGGAGACUUGUUUCAUGUCGUCUCGCAGGUACUCUAUGGAUUAUGACCUGUCUUCGUUUGGACGCAGAGGCUGCAAAAGAGUGUGUCAACUCUCCUCAUGGACCAAGAAGUGCUGCAAGAACCACUAUGGGCGGGACUGCACAGUGUGUCCGGGUGGAGUCGAAGCUCCCUGUGGUUUCCAUGGUAACUGUGAUGAUGGUUUCAAAGGCUCGGGUAAGUGUAGCUGUGAGAGAAACUUCAGAGGAGACUCCUGCAAUCUGUGUGCGCCCAACCAUUAUGGAGCCAACUGCACAGCCUGUAACUGCACAGAGAGGGGCUACUGUGAGGUUGGACUGGAGGGCUCUGGAGUCUGUGUCUGUGAGAGUGGCUGGACUGGAGACCGCUGCCAAAUCAACCUUGGUUCGAUCCCAGAGGAGUGCAGACAGUGCCAUAAAGACGCUCAGUGUGAGCCAGGCUCCGGGUGCAGCUGCAAACCAGGGUUUCAGGGUAACGGCUCCUUCUGUGAGCCUUUACCACCUCCAGACCUGUGUGCUGAAUACAACGGAGGAUGUCACGUUCAUGCAGACUGCAAUCAGACUGGGCUCCUCAUCAACUGCUCUUGUCACAAUGGUUACCAGGGUGAUGGCUUCAUCUGCCAGCCAAUCAACAGAUGUACAGAAGAGGUGAAUGGAGGCUGCAGUGACUUUGCCUCCUGUACUUUCACUGGACCGAACGAGCGUCAGUGUGACUGCCUGCCGGGGUACGUGGGUAAUGGAGUCCAGUGUUUGGAGAAAGUAGUGCCUCCAGUCGACCGCUGCCUUGAGAACAAUGGAGACUGUGACCCAGUGGCCCAGUGUAAAGACCUGCACUACCACAUAAACACAGGGGGUGUGUUCCACCUGCGUUCUCCUCUGGGGAAGUACCAGAUGAACUUCAGUCAGGCUAAAGCAGCUUGUGAGGAUGAAGGAGGGAUCCUGGCCAGCUUCAAACAGCUGGGAGAUGCUCAGCAGCUUGGUCUUCAUCUGUGUGUGGCUGGGUGGAUUGAGGGGGGAAAGGUGGGCUAUCCAAUCCGCUUCCCUUCAGCCAAAUGUGGGGACAAUCACGUGGGAGUAGUGCUGUACAGAGACCCAGUGGACCAGAGCAGCAAGUAUGAUGCCUACUGCUACAGGUUAACAGAUGUAUCAUGUUCAUGUCCCAGUGAUUUCGUUGGGAAUGGAGACUUCUGUAAUGGUGUUCUGGCUGACGUUCUGGCCACAAACUCCAACUUCUCCAUCUUCUACAGAUUCUUGUUGGAUUACAGUAGUUCAUCAAAAGAAGGUAAAAGGCUGGUGGAGUUUUUGUCUCAAAAAAACACAGACGUGACUCUGUUUGUUCCUCACAACGAUGGCUUCACUUUUAACAAGACUCUUUCCGGUAGAGACUUGGAGUACCACAUCUCAGCCAAUCACAGCAGACGAUCCUUUAAUGAACUGAGACACCGUGAAGUCAUUGUGUCUAAGCUUGGGUUUAACCUGUCCGUUACCCAUGGCCACAACCAGAGCAUUAAACUGGUGAACCGGCGCCUCCUACUGGACUGGGACAUCCCUGCAGUGAACGGUCUCAUCCAUGUGAUCGAGGGUCCUCUCACUGCCCCUCCACCUCCCAUCUCUCACCCAUCUCGCCAGUUGCUUCACUCCAGCUCCUUAACAGUGGUCAUCUUGGUGUCUCUGUUUGUGGCGUGUGUCAUUGGUGCUGUGGGAUACUAUGUCUUCAAACACAAGACUGACGCUUUCCGCUUCCACUAUUUCAGAAAUGAGGAUGAGAAUGGAGCGUCAAACAGAAACAGACCUGCACUGGUGUCCAUUCCCAACCCUCUGUACGUCGGCUCCGCUGCCUUGAGUCAGCCUGCCCCGGAGAACAGCCAGGAGCCAGAACCUCCAGUACAGCCUCAGGAGCCUCCAAUUUUAGACCUGGACCAAUAGAAAACACCUCCAAACUGAUUAAAACAGAUCUGAAGAAUUCACCAUUAAAUUGUUCAGAGCAUAAUCAAAAACAAGAU